CAUCCAUGGCCGAUCUCAUCAGUGUCAACUUUAUUUCUAUUUCAAUUCAAUUAUGAAGCACCUUCAAUGAUUUUAAGUGGGUUUAUAGUGUGGAAGUGAUCGUGUGGCGGCGCGGUCUUGGUGAUACGGCUCUUUGGUCGGUAGCACCAUGUUCAGCGGAACAGUGCGUGUAAAGGUGUGCGAGGCGACGGGCCUCCGACCGACCGACUUUCAGAAACGGCACAACAUGACCUUCGGGAAACCUGACGAUCAGCCGAUAGACCCGUACGUCUCGAUCGACGCCGACGAGCACCAUCUAGACCGUUCAAGCACGAAACCCAAAACUUUUGACCCAGUUUGGAAUGAAACAUUUAUACAUGAAGUGCACAAUGUAACUAGUUUGGGUAUCACAGUGUUUCAUGAUGCUGCAAUACCUCCAGAUGACUUUGUUGCAAAUUGCACAAUUCCUUUUGAAGAUCUGAUGCAUAGAGACAAAGAGGCUACGGAUUUUUGGGUGGACUUAGAACCACAGGGCAAAUUGCAUCUGAAAAUAGAUCUGAAAUGGAAUUCUCAAGGGGGUGGUGGGUCAGAGGGUCGUUCGAAUCGGGGGCGCGAGUUCAAAGAGGGUGCGGGGUUCGCGCGGCGACGGGGCGCUCUGCGUCGCCGCGUGCAUCAAGUAAAUGGACACAAGUUCAUGGCGACAUUCCUUCGUCAGCCGACUUUUUGUAGCCAUUGUCGUGAGUUUAUCUGGGGUCUCGGCAAACAAGGUUAUCAAUGUCAAGUGUGCACUUGCGUGGUACAUAAACGAUGUCACUCAUCUGUAGUCACCAAGUGUCCCGGAAUGAAGGAGGAGCAACAAAGCGGAGUAACAGUCUCCAGUGGUCAGCGCUUCAAUGUGAAUGUACCACAUCGGUUUGUGGUUCAUUCAUACAAACGGUUCACAUUCUGUGACCAUUGUGGAUCUUUGCUGUACGGACUUAUCAAGCAGGGAUUGCAAUGUGAAGUAUGCUCGAUGAAUGUGCACAAACGCUGUCAGAAGAAUGUUGCCAACAACUGCGGCAUCAACACCAAGCAGAUGGCAGAGAUUCUUAACGAGAUGGGCAUCUCUCCGGACAAGAACCCACGUCCCAGACCAUCCAAGUAUUUGAACACAGCUUUGCUCGAAGGCCCACCGGAGUUGGCUUCUUCUGGUGAUUCCGAUAGCAAAGAUCCAAAUGACAAACAUGAUGAGAAAGGUCACCAACACCCGGUGGCGUGGGGUCCUCACUGGGCUGAACUUCAAGAUAUAUUCGGGAUAUACCAAGGCACAGAUGACACAACAAAUCUAUUGGAUAACUGUGUCAUACAAGAUAAUGACACAUCUUGGCGCUCGCAUUGGGACGAUCUUGAAGAAAUAUUCACUUUUUAUGAAGGUGGUGAUGGUGAAGGUGCGGAGGGCUGCAUGCACGGCAAGGUUUCCCUCGAGGACUUUCACUUCAUUAAGGUGCUUGGCAAAGGAUCCUUUGGCAAAGUUAUGCUCGCUGAGAAGAAGGGCACAGAUGAAGUAUAUGCUGUGAAGGUUCUAAAGAAAGAUGCGAUAAUCCAAGAUGACGACGUGGAGUGUACGCUGACGGAGCGGCGCGUGCUGGCGCUGGCGGCUCGUCAUCCGUUCCUCACGGCGCUGCACUGCGCCUUUCAGACACGAGAGCGUCUGUUCUUCGUCAUGGAGUACGUGGAUGGAGGGGAUCUCAUGUUCCAGAUACAACGGGCUAGGAAAUUCGAUGAGCCGAGGGCUAGAUUCUACGCGGCGGAGGUGACACUGGCGCUGCAGUUCCUGCACUCGCACGGUGUCAUCUACCGCGACCUCAAGCUGGACAACAUCCUGCUCGACAGCGAGGGUCACUGCAAGCUCGCUGACUUCGGCAUGUGCAAAGAGGGCAUCAUAGAUGGUGCAACUACAACUACAUUCUGUGGAACUCCAGAUUACAUCGCACCAGAGAUUCUUCAAGAAUUGGAGUAUGGUCCUUCAGUGGACUGGUGGGCGUUGGGUGUGCUGCUGUAUGAGAUGUUGGCAGGCCAGCCACCAUUCGAGGCAGACAACGAGGAUGAUCUCUUCGAGAGCAUCCUCCAUGAUGAUGUACUCUACCCCGUCUGGCUGUCUAAAGAUGCCGUCUCUAUACUUAAAGGUUUUAUGACGAAGAGUCCUGCUCGUCGGCUGGGUGUUGCUGGAGGUGCUGCAGGUAUCCGAGCUCAUGCAUUCUUCCGCGAUAUGGACUGGGAAGCGCUUGCGCAGCGCCGUCUGCGUCCCCCAUUUAGACCUAAAGUCAAGAGCAAGCGCGAAGCUGCAAACUUCGAUGCUGAGUUCACCAAAGAGGAGCCGGUGCUGACCCCUGUGCCUGCUGACGUGGUACGCGCCAUCAACCAGGAGGAGUUUAGAGGAUUUUCAUUCAUCAACAAGGACUACAAUCCGCAGCCCGCCUACGAUAAGACUCCGGUCGCCUGAACGAGUCGGGCGCGGCGCGCCUGACACGGUCACCGCACCUGUGACGUCACCGCUAGCGAUCGCGCCAGUGACGUCAUCAGCGUUCGCAUGUGUUACGCCGCACUCAGUAAUCGCUCGAACUUCAGGAGCGACGUCACUAGCGAUCGCACCAGUGACGUCAUCAGCGUUCGAACGUGUGACGUCGCACUCAGUAAUCGCUCGAACUUCAACAGUGACGUCACCGCUAGCGAUCGCACCAGUGACGUCAUCAGCGUUCGCAUGUGUGACGUCGCACUCAGUUAUCGCUCGAACGUCAGGAGUGACGUCAUCAGAAGUCAUCACCCUAGUGACGUCAUAGUCCCCGUCAGUGCCAUACUUUGCGGUCCCGCUGUCGUUCCGUCGACUGAGGUUUAUUUUAUCUUAUAUUUUUAUUUUAAGUGCAAUGCCAACAACUGUCUAGUCAUGACAAGAUAACCGUACGAACGGUCUUUUUUUUUAAUUCGCGAUACGUCAUCGUUGAUCGAAGUAUUAUUUUUUUUGUAUGUUUAUUUUUUUUAACAUAUUAUCCUUGUAUCUUUCUCUAGUAUUUAGAUUAGGGUAGGCUCGAAUGUCAUUAGUGUCACUUUGCUUCGGAUUAGGGCUAGACCGAAGUUUCAUUGAAAAAAUAAACGACCUGUAACGUUUCGACCGCCAUUUAGACUUAGGCCGAACAGUCUGGUUAUAUCUUAGCUAUUCAUAAUAGAAAGUCUUCUAAAAUAUUUGCUGAAAACUGAAACGCGACCUACCUCAAGCGAAAUUCAACACUACUCGUGAACUUCCUUUUUGACAUCUGUCAAAAUGACGUGAAUGACAUUGACAUCUGUCAUGUUAAUUUUUUUAUUGCUUGAAAAAGGCAUUUGCUUAAAGACAUCAGGCCAUACAAAAGGAGAAUCCAAACAGAUAUAACUUGAGCUUAGUUGAAUUUAAAAAAAUCGUUGU